UCUCCAGGCUCCAGCUGAAGGACACUGAAACUGAGCGUGCUUCCGACCAAUGGGUUACUCUACUUUCGUACCGUCAAAGUCUUCUUCCCAGAGAGCCGGAAGCAUUGAGAUUGAGGCACCAUGGCGUUAUGCGCGACGAAGCUCGCUUACUACGACGACAUGUGGAAGCUCCAGUGCAGGGCGGCCCUCCUCUCCUCCGUAGAGGGUGACGAUGGUCGACGCGCUCUCAUCUUGGAUUCCACCAUAUUCCAUCCCCAAGGGGGUGGUCAGCCAUCGGAUACUGGUUUUAUCACUGACGCUGGUUCGAAUUUUAAGUUCGUCGUGGAAGACGUUCGGUUGAAGGACGGAUUGGUUUUCCAUUAUGGUUCUUUUGAGAACUCUACUGGAGACUGCAGUCCCGAACUCGAGGAAGGGCGAGAAGUUUGUUUACAUGUAGAUGAGCCACGACGCAAUCUCAAUUCCAGGUUGCAUUCAGCAGGACAUUUGUUAGACAUAUGCAUGCAAAAUGUAGGUUUGGGGCAUCUAGAGCCAGGGAAGGGCUAUCAUUUUCCUGAUGGGCCAUUUGUUGAAUAUAAAGGAGCAAUUCCACAGAGUGAACAGCAAGAUAAACAGAAGGAACUAGAGAUAGAGGCAAACUUGUUAAUAUCUAAAGGAGGGAAGGUUUCUGCUGCUGUUUUAUCAUAUGAGGAAGCUUGCAAAUUGUGUGGUGGAUGCCUACCUGAUUACAUUUCCAAGAGCAGCUCUCCUCGUAUUGUAAACUUAGGUGAAAACCCUGGAUGCCCUUGUGGAGGGACCCAUGUUGCAGAUAUUUCAGACAUCAGGAGCUUGAAGGUUACUCAAAUUCGGAUAAAGAAGGGGAUGACAAAAGUAUAUUAUAGCAUUGGCCCCUGAUUCUGCAGUCUUGAGGUUCUUCUUUCUGAACCAUUGAGUUGGUCAUUAGUACUGUAAGCCUGCUUAUUGGGACUUGACAUCAUCUCUGCCUUUUGGAAACUGCAACAGACACUGGUAUCAUCUGUAAUCAUGUCAUUAAUGAUUUCUGUUACUGGUAGCAAGUGACAUAGUUGUAUAGCUUAACAACCAAUCGAGGAUUGGGCCAAUUUGGGUUUGGAAGGACUCAGCAAUCUAUCUGGAUAGGUAUUGUAAAGAGCAUUAUAAAGUCAAUUUUAAGAUAUGUAUUGCAAUAUGCUUACCAAAUGCAUGAAUAUAGUUGGAAAUUUGGAUGUGUGGA